AUGGCGCCGUCCGAUGGCGUCACCCGGGCGCGCCGAGCAGCCGCUCAGCAUCUCGCGCUGCCUCGCACCGCCUCUCUUCUCAUGAGGGCCUGGUGUGAGCUACGGCGGGUGGUCGCCGCCGGCUUCUGCUCCGGCCAUGGUGCGGCCCGCGGCAGCAGGCCACGGAAGCGGGCGUGGGAGACGUCACUGUCACCGCUGGAACGGGUGAGGCGGCUGCUGCCACCGGAGGAAGCGGCGGAGGUGGGGCGGUACGCGGCAGCCUCUCAGGCUCCGCCGGAGGAAAAGGAGGAGAUGGUGGCUGCCUCCACUCAAGCGCCUCUUGUGGCGACGGCAGGUCUCAGCCCUUUCCGCGCCGGGGACCUAGCGCUGGCAGAGUUGCGGAGGAAACACAACACGACACUGAAGAUGCUGUGCCGGCUGGAGGCGGGUUCGGUGUUGAGCGGCUCCAGCGGCAUCCUGCCGCACCGCGACAUCAUCGGGCAGCUGCCCGGGCAGGUGCUGCGCACUUCGUCCGGGACGCGGCUGCUGCUGAGACGUCCCUCGCUGGACGAGUACGUGCUGCUGAUGCCGCGGGGGCCCACCAUCGCCUAUCCUAAGGACAUAAGUGCUAUUUUAACGAUGAUAGAUAUCCACCCAGGAGACACCGUUUUGGAAACUGGUAGUGGAUCAGGUGCUAUGAGCUUGUUUCUGUCAAGAGCAGUUGGGCCCAAAGGACAUGUUAUAAGUUAUGAAAUCAGAGAAGAUCAUCAUAAUUUAGCUAAGAAGAAUUAUAGGUACUGGCGUGCUGCGUGGGAAAUAGGACAUGUGGAAGAGUGGCCAGAUAAUGUGGACUUCAUUCUUAAAGACAUUUCAACAGCUGCUGCAGAUAUGAAAUCUCUAACAGUUGAUGCAAUAGUUCUGGAUAUGCUUAACCCUCAGACAGCUCUGUCUGUGGUACACCCAAGUCUGAAACAGGGUGGUGUGUGCGCUGUGUAUUUAGCAAAUAUCACACAGGUUAUUGACCUUUUAGACAGAAUACAGACCUACAAGCUCCCUUUCUUGUGUGAAACAAUCAUCGAGGUAACUCACAGAAACUGGUUGGUAGCCCCUGCUAAAAUCAAGAAUUCCAAACCAAGCCAAAUGGUGGAAACUCAACAGAAUACUGAAGAGCCACCUCUAAAGGAAUAUGAAGAAAUGGACAUUCAAGAUCAAGUAGUUCUUAAAGAAAGUGAAUACAAUGAGUCGCUUUCUGAGGAUCCUGAAACAUACUGCUCAGUGCCUUAUGUUGCUAGACCAUCUUUUUGGCAGGAAGGUCAUUCAGCAUUCCUUACCAAGCUGAGAAAGAUUCAACCACUGCGUUCCUGAUGCUGCUGAGAUGUUAGCUGCUAAUUUCAGUUUUGUAUCAGAAUAAAAUAAAG